UAUCAAGAAAAAAAGCAAUACGAAGCAACAAAAUCAAAUGAUCGCCCUGCUGAAAGUAUGAAAAAAACGGUGGCUCCCAAAUUUGAAGUACCUACCAGUUUCAACUUUGCUGUAAAGUCUGAAAAGGUUGGAGCAUUCAAACCACAAAACCCAACUGUCAGCAAAAGGAAAAUUCCUCAAAAUGGUGUUUACAAAGGACCAAAUACCAGGCUCCGUGUGGAAGCAGAACUGAGAGAUAAGAACCAGCUUUUAGAAGCAUCCAAUCUGGAGCUGUAUCGAAAUCUUUCAGAGGCAAAGGAGAAUAUUGCAAAGCUGACGCAGAAAUACACAGGUCUGGAAGGAGAAUCCAGUGAACUUAAAAAGCAGCUGGAGAAGUGCAUGCUAUUUCUGGAAACUAGCAACAUUGAUCCAGUUUCAGGUGAAAAAAUCCUUGAAACAGCAAAACAAAAUGAAGAGCAAAGAAAGGAAGUGUUGAGUCUGUCUAGGAAUUUGCAAAAUGAACUGGAGGUAUUUAGUCAGAAAGCUUCUGAGCACAGGCUACAGAUGCAGGAAAUUAAAUCCAAAGUGAGGGCUCAGCAAGAAGAAAUAGAGAGGCGUCUGAAGGAAAAAGAAAACUUUCAAACAGAACUACAAGAAAUGGAGAAAGCUUUAGAUGAUGCUCAGCAGCUACUUGAUGUGUAAAUUUGUGUGCCGGCAGAAAAGCCAUUCGCUUUGAGAUGUAAAAAUUAGUAUUUUUUUAUAAGCUAAUAAAAUAUUAAAACCAAGAAAAA